AUGAUUCUCAGCCUUGUAGCCGUGCCCGAAUUAUGGGACACUAUUGCUCAAUGUCUUGCGCCGACUGACCUGCUCCACCUGUCAUCUGUCUCACGAGCAUUCAAUGCCAUCACAGAGAAGUAUCUCUACCGAAGGAUAUCAUGGGCCUGGAACCACAGCGAACUGGACUCAUCUACGCCCAUUCAGCAGUUAUUGCUCAACCUGCUCCACCGACCCGAAUUGGCGUCAUAUAUCCGUGAAUUCAGCGUCCACGAGAUCGAAUAUGGCCCCAAACCGCCCGCGCGCCAUGCAGCCUCGAAUUCUCUUCGAGACGCGGAUGUUGUCGUAAGGAGCCUGAUACAGGAAGCAGGAUUGUCGCCUUCGGAAGAUUGGAUCAAUAGGCUUUAUGACCUGGAAGUAGAGACAAUCGUCGCUCUUAUUAUUCUACUGCUGCGGAAUGUCGAAACACUGGUUAUUGACAUGUUUCACUGUGAUGACGAAUAUGCCUCGCCGACACAGAAUUUCAGCCCCAUAGGGGAUGUGCUACGCCUGGUUUGUGAGCCUCAUUCGAUAACGCGGGCGACCAGAUUCGAACGUCUGAAAUCAUUUAGCUGGCCUUCUGGAGACGUUGACUGCUUUCUCGGCUUGAUCAAAAGCGGAGAGGUAUUGGACAAGCUGCCAAUCUUUCGGGCGCCUCACCUCAGGGAAGUUUCGCUAAAGCUCAGUUAUUCAGAGCCAUCUCUCGACGCCGCGAUGCCUACAGUCUCGUGCUCAGAAUCCCUCACGAGACUCACUCUGGGAUACACUACUGUCGCAGAAGGCUUUUUGAAGCAAUUGCUAUCCCAGAUGAAGAAUUUAGAGUUUUUUCGACUAGAGUUGUAUCGGUCAUCGGAGGCGUACAUAUUUGAUGGCCAAUCCAUCAGUCAAGGAUUAAUGCCAUGUCGCGAGGUUCUCCGUCAUCUGACUAUUCACUGGGAAGCAUGCGACGACUAUAUCGAAGUCGAUGCACCAUCUUCGACGCCUCUGGGCUCUCUCAAAGAAUUCUCUGCGCUUGAAAGCAUUGAUGCGACGAGCAGCGCGGUGAUAGAUGAUAAUCUAACACUGGGUGACGUCCUCCCGGUGACCUUGAAAUCGCUUGUGCUUCGAGAGGGACUAUAUGAUAUCAAUGUUUCUUGGGAUGAGGGUCUGGGCUCUGUGUUGGAAGAAUUUGUUAAUUUGUCUCCUGUGCAGACACCGUGUUUGGCAGAGCUGUGGGUUGGUGUUUGGGAGUUAUUAGGUGAACAGGCAGAACAUGAUUUAAAAGAUAAAUAUCGGCAGAGUCAAGGGGUUGAGGUCUCCUUCUUUGAGUUGCAAUACUAA